AUGCCGUGCGAAGAGAUCCUUGCCCACCUGUGCAACCACGGCUGCCAAGACGUAACCGAUCAGUUGAAUCUCGCCAAAUGUAGUCAAUAUGCCGUUGCUGGUGGUAGCUUCGGUGAUGUAUUCAGCGGAUUCCUUCACAAUGGCGAUCCUGUUGCCAUCAAGUGUCUUCGUAUUAUGGUGGGCGUUGAUGAUUCAGAGGGCCGAAAACAGCUUAGGCGUGCGGCACAUGAAAUAUAUGUCUGGUCGAAGUGUAAACAUCCGAACGUGCUCGAGUUGAUAGGCAUUGCUCGGUAUCAAAAUCGAAUAUCCAUGGUGUCCCCAUGGAUGGAGCAAGGGAAUCUUAAUUGGUUUUUAUCUCGCCAUCCUGAUGUUGAUAGAUAUGCUAUGUGUGCACAAAUUGCUGCCGGGGUUGCACAUCUACACUCAAGUGACAUCAUUCACGGUGAUAUCAAGCCACUCAAUAUUCUAGUGUCAAAUGAUCAUGUUCCCAAGUUGGCCGAUUUCGGCACCUCUAUUCUCACUCUAUAUACUCUCCAGUUUACAAGAGGAAGUGGAAGUAGGACGAAUGUGACUGUUCGCUAUACGGCGCCCGAGAUACUCAGGGAAGAAACUAAGCUAUCGGCCGAAGGGGAUGUAUAUGCCUUGGGAAUGACAAUUUUGGAAACAAUCACUGAGACAUUACCAUAUGCUGAACUAGCCGAGCCCGUGGUUCUCACGAGAGUAUUAAUUGGAACACCCCCAACUCGGCAUGAACAGAAGUUCUCAAGAGAUGAUGAACAAGCCUAUAUUUUAUGGAAACUGCUCACGCAUUGCUGGGAUUCUGAUCCUCUUGGCCGACCGACUGCUACUGAAAUAGCUAGCACACUUCGAGCCAUCAGCCACCAACCGACGGCGCAGCGAAAUAAUACUGACGAGGCAAUGACCGUGGAUCUCUCCUCGCCACAAACUCCAGUGGUCCCACUAGGAAAGAUGUCGUCCAAUGAUUUGGAACCUGGGUCAGCUUUAUUAGCUGGGCAAUCACGAGCUUCCAGCGUCCCUAGUGGAACUGAGCUGGAGGAUAGCUGUCUAACACCUUCACUGGAGAAGUCACAAUCAGCUACUACUCUCCGAAAAACCCGAUUCAAGAGUCGUGCAGUUGGCGGUUUGUUCCAAGAUCUGGCUUCGACCAGCGCCGCCCGCAACAUAAUUAACGAAUGGCACAAGUCCAUAUGGAACGAUCGUCCACUGGAUUGGACCUUCAGCAAUGAAGGGAGUGCGCAUGACCCGUGCUGGAAAGCCACUCCAAUUAUUAUGGACGAGCCCCACCCCGAGUAUGAAGGCCGCGACAAGACUCGUCGCGGGGCACAGAACAAGAGCGCUACAAAGAUAAUGAAUUCGGGCUUUUGCUGA